UUAGAAGACCCGAACCUUGUUUCCAUCGCCAACUCUCUUCCGCUCACGGAGCUCCCAAAGCUCAUUCCACUCGGAGCUCUCCGCUCUUCGUCUCCACUAUAUAAACUCGUCCCAGUUCUCUCUCCGUACUCUCCAUUUCUGGCUUCGAUCUUCGCUUCCCGAUCUCCUUCCCUCCUCCCUCUCCGAAGCCUCGCCGUGUCCUCCAUGGCCGCCGCCUGUUCCAACGCCGUCGCUCUCAAAUCCGCUGGAGUCUCCGGGAGGCUCGGCGGCUCCGGCGACCGCAGGCUCUGCGUUUCCCAGCAGCUCUCUCCGGUUCUCGGCGGAUUCGGAUCGCACUGCUCGAGGAGCUUCCCCUCGCUCCAUUGUGCGUCGAGGAGGUCGAUUGCUACCUCUGGUGUAAGAGCACAGGUUGCCACUGCCGAGAAAACGAGCACAGAAGCAUCAAAGACUGUGGAAUCCCCAGUGGUUAUUGUUACUGGAGCAUCCCGAGGUAUCGGGAGAGCAAUUGCAUUGUCUUUGGGAAAAGCUGGGUGCAAGGUAUUGGUCAAUUAUGCUAGGUCAUCAAAGGAAGCUGAGGAAGUCUCAAAAGAGAUAGAGGCAUGUGGAGGUCAGGCUAUGACAUUUGGGGGAGAUGUUUCCAAGGAAGAAGAUGUGGAAGCAAUGAUAAAGACUGCGGUUGAUGCAUGGGGAACUGUCGACAUCCUGGUAAACAAUGCAGGAAUUACUCGAGAUGGGCUGUUGAUGAGGAUGAAGAAAUCUCAAUGGCAGGAUGUGAUUGAUUUGAAUCUCACUGGUGUUUUCCUCUGCACUCAGGCUGCAGCUAAAAUCAUGAUGAAGAAGAAAAAGGGAAGAAUCAUCAAUAUUGCAUCAGUUGUUGGUCUAGUUGGUAAUGUUGGGCAGGCCAACUACAGCGCUGCGAAGGCUGGGGUUAUUGGCCUUACGAAGACUGUUGCUAAAGAAUAUGCCAGCAGAAACAUCAAUGUUAAUGCUGUUGCCCCUGGAUUCAUCGCAUCUGAUAUGACUGCUAAACUUGGGGACGAGGUGGAGAAGAAAAUUCUGCAGACAAUCCCGCUAGGAAGAUAUGGUCAGCCGGAAGAAGUUGCUGGGCUUGUGGAGUUCCUUGCCGUCAAUCCUGCAGCCAGUUACAUCACUGGACAGGUAUUCACCAUUGAUGGAGGCAUGGUCAUGUAGACCCCAUGUGAAG